UGGCUUUUGGAACAUCUACACGUAGAAAUGAUGGUUUUCGUUCUAGCCCGUAAUGCGGGGUGUUACGCUUUCUUUGUAAAACUUUAUGCAUCUUCUUGAUGCUUAUCAAUACUACAACUUCAUCCAAAAAAAAUUAAAAAAAUUGAAGAGUUAGCUUAGGGUUUAGCCGUAGAUAUCUAUCAUUGUUGUUGUUCAUUAUAUUUCGAUUAUCGCAUUAUGUUGUGGCUGAUUAUGGUUUUCCCGUAGAUUUUACACCAUUUCCUUGUUAGUUGUCAUAUGUCCUGUACUGUUUGCUACACUUGAGCCGAGGAUCUUCCGGAAACAACCUUUGUACCUCAUCGAGGUAGUGGUAAGGUCUGCGUACACUUUAACCUCCCCAGGCCUCACUUGUGGAUUUUGCUUGGUAAGAAGUUGUUGUAGAUUUGCCUAUUUCUCACAUAAAAUGAGUGAAGUCUUACACCAAUCAUCCUCGAUCUAAUUUUGUCUCCUAUAGUCCCUUUUUACUUCCCUCCUAUAGAGCAUUUGCCAUAUCUGUUUCUUCUGUGCCCAUUUCCCUAGCAUUGGGGGAUAGCUUUUUCAGAUCCUAAAGCUGGCUUUUCCUUUGUCUGGUCAUAGGACUUUAGGUAUAAAUGCCUUUGUUCGUGGUAUGUACAAAUAUGCAAAGAAGCUUUCUCUUCAUUCUCAAAAUCUACAGAUAUUGACGCCGUAACACUAACCUAAUUAUGUUGAAUUCACUACCUUCAUCUCCAUAGUAUAGCGACACAAGGGAGGAACAGUCAUAGUUCCUUUAAUUCUAAUAGAAGUCUCUUUGAUAAUUGAAUGUUACAUGUUUGAUUCAUUGCCUCAGUGUCUCUUAGUUUAAAUUGUAGUAGUAACUGAAAACCAAUCCUUAUUUCAGGAUUCAUUUUCGAAAUUGUAGCUUAUCACACAAUUUGACGCACACUUUGACAUUCCACUCUUCACAGGAUCGACCCCAACUCUUGUUAAGUUCAUUAUUGUGACGGCCCUACUAUACUUCAUUAGAAGUGUAGGAUAAUGUAAUCACGGAGCUCAGCUAUAUAAACAUUGUACGAGCUUAGCUUGUAUGAGUUGUUUUAACUGCAGCUAAACUCGCAAUACUCUGCAAGUAUACUUUAUGUGGGUCAAAUGAGGUCGUUUGUAAUGUAGUUUACCUGUGUUUGUUUGGUGAGGAUGUGCACACUGUGUGGCAUAGAAAGACAACUAUUCCAGCUAAGAUAUUACAAAAGAUUCGUUCUCAAUUGAGGUGUUGUUUCUUGCUAACUUAGUGAAGUUUUAAUGUUGUAUUUUCUGGAACAUGAGUAAUGCUUUCAUAAAUGAUCAUGUUUCAAAUAUUUCGUUUUUCUGAUCUAUUUUAUUUGAUGCAGGAACGCUGAAGAAUGUAUUCAGGAAAUUGUUGACAAGAUUUCUCUUGUUACAAGUAUUGCAAAAUAUCAUGUGGGAAUCAAAUCUCGUAUAGAGAAAGUAAAAUCGUUGUUGAAUGUUGAAUCUGGAGGUGUUUAUUUUGUUGGGUUAUGGGGGUUGGGUGGUGUAGGGAAGACAACCAUUGCAAGAGAAAUUUUUGGUGUGAUCUCUUGUCAAUUUGAAGGAUGUUGUUUUCUUGCAAAUGUUAGGAGUGUCUUAAAAAAGAGUGGACUGGAAGGCCUACAACAUUUGCAACAGAAGCUUCUUUCACAGAUCUUGAAGAAAGACUCUGUGAAUGUACCAAAUUUUGCCAGAGGAGAUGAAAUGAUGAGCCAAAUGCUUCGCUUCAAGAAGGUUCUAAUUGUUCUUGAUGAUGUGGAUGACAGCCACCAACUGGAAUAUUUAGUUGGAAAGCGUGAUUGGUUCGGUGAUGGCACUAGGGUCCUUAUAACAACUAGAAACUUCGAUUUACUUAGCAAGCAUGAUGUGCUAUAUCGUGUUCCAGAACUGACUAACCAUGAGGCUUUAGAACUUUUUAGUUGGCACGCCUUUAAACAAGGAACUCCGGUUGAUGGCUUUGAAGAGCUCUCAUAUUGUGUAGUAGAUUAUGCUAAAGGCUUACCCUUAGCUCUAGAGGUCUUGGGUUCUUUUCUCUACAGACAAGGUACAGAAGACCACAUAAAUGCCUUAUAUAAAGACAGAGAUUUCAGAGAUGGGAAGAUUUUUAGGUUACUCAGCUUAAGUCUAGAUGCAUUAGGCGACGAAUACAAGAAUAUGUUUCUUCAUAUUGCAUGCUUCCUUAGAGGAAAAAGGAAAGAAGAUGUGGUUACUGUGCUGGAUGAACUUGGCUUCAAGUCAGUAAAUGGAAUACACGUCCUUAAAAGAUCAUUUUUGUAUAUCUCAGAAGGAAAGGUUGAGAUGCAUGAUUCGAUAGCCCAAAUAGGGCAGCAAAUGGCACGUGAUGCUGAGUGGGGCAAGCCAUGGAAUUGCAGUAGACUAUGGCAUGAAAAAGAUAUGGAAAAUGUUUUUUCUGCAAAUCAGAUCUCCAGAACUCUUCCUUUUCCCAUGGCUCCCCAAAAUGAAUCGAUUCAAAAAUGGAAAUAUGAUGCCUUUCUGAGUUUUAGAGGAGAUGAUACACGCAAUAACUUUGUUGCCCAUCUUUAUAAACGUCUGGAAGACAUAGGAAUCAACGUAUUCAAAGAUGAUGUGAAACUUGAAAGAGGAAAGUUCAUUUCAACAGAACUCUUGAAAGCUAUUGAGGAAUCAAGAACUGCCAUUAUUAUCUUCUCAGAGGACUAUGCUUCAUCCAUCUGGUGCUUGGAAGAACUUACAAUGAUCAUGGAAUGUGUUGACAAGAAGGAACAAAAAGCAUAUCCUGUCUUCUAUAAUGUCGAUCCAUCAGAUAUACGCAUGAAAGGAGAGGGAAGCAGCUUUGCUAAAGCUUUGGAAAAACACGUGGAAGAUUUCAAGGCUAAUUCUGAGAAGUUGGUAACCAAACACAACGCAGAUUUCAAGUGUGGUUUUCAGGUGUUAGCCCACAAAACUGAUCUCACUCUCGGAGAAAAAGACAAGACAAAUCUCAAGGAUAAUUUGGAGAAGGUGCAGCGAUGGAAGGAUGUUCUACAUAGAGCAACUGGAAUAGCAGGACUGGAUGUUCGUAAAACUGCUAAUGGGAAUGAAGCAGAAUCCAUUGACAAGAUUAUAAAUGAUAACUUCCAAACUAUGCACCACACUGUUUCAGCAACUGAAAAAUAUCUAGUGGGAAUUGAAUCUCGUAUGGGUGAAAUAGAAUCAUUACUGAAAUUUCGAUCAGGUGAUAUCUGUUUUGUUGGAAUAUGGGGGAUUGGAGGCAUCGGGAAGACAACUGUUGCAAGAAAAUAUUUUGACAAGGUUUCUCAUCAAUUUCAAGGGUCUUGUUUUCUUGCGAAUAUUAGAGAAGAAUCAAAGAAGUAUGGGCUGAUGUACUUGCAAAAGACACUUCUUUCAAGACUCUUAAAAGAAAAAUCAAUGAAUAUAUCAAGUUUUUAUGAGGGAGCCGAUAUGAUAAAAAGAAGGCUUUGCCACAGGAAAGUUUUAAUUGUUUUCGAUGAUGUCGAUGAGGAACACCAAUUAGAAUAUUUAGCUGGAAAUCAUGACUGGUUUGGUGAUGGCAGCAGAAUCAUUACAACAACUAGAAACCAAGAUUUACUACGUUGUCAUGACCAACUAUAUUCUGUUCCUGAAUUGGCUAAAGAUGAGGCUGUUGAAGUUUUUAGUUGGCAUGCUUUUCAGAAACAGACUCCUGAUAAAGAGUUUUUGAAACUCUCCAA